UACAUGAGGCAUGGGUCAUCUGGUGAUGUAAUCGAAAUUUGGGAGCUCAAACAUAUUCGAUUUAAACGAUCGAUAAUACAACGCAGAAGCUCUUGGGGAAGAUCAGAACUCUCGUGGGUUUGGAUUACUUUGUCGUUCGAUCUUUCUGGUUUGUGAAAUUGUUGGGUGGUUAUUGUGGCAGAGCUGAAGAGAUGAUCGACGAAAACAAUGGCGGAGAAGGGUUCCUCCCUAACAAUAAGCAGAUGGAUAUGGACAUGUUAACGGAAGUUGCAGAAGAUGAUGUUCCUCUUGGGAUGGAAGCUCUGACCAGCUCCAUGGGGAAUGUCGCCUUGAAUACGCAUCAUGUUGCUGAGUGUGGUAACCCUAGCUUGCCGGUCAAGGAACAACAAGACGUGGAUGACGAGGAAGAACAAGGCGAGAACCAGAUGAUGGCUGAGAGGAUGAGGAUGAGGUUGCUGAAUGAUAAUCUCUACAAGCUUCGCUCUUUGAUUCCGAAUGUUACUAAGUUGGACAGGAAAUCUAUCAUGUUGGGCGCCAUUGAUUAUAUCAAGAAGUUGCAGAAAGAGGUAAAGGAACUUCAAGAGGAGCUUGAAAAGAAUUCAGAUACUGAGGAUGGGUCAGAUCAACAUAGACAAGGUGGAGGUAUGAGCUCCGUCAAUGGAGCUGACAAUGAACUCAUGAUGAAGGGUGGCGGUGUGUUUGAGCCACAGGUGGAACUGGCUAUGGUUAAGGUAGAUGGGAGUUAUGAGUUUUCUGUGAAGGUGAUAUGUGAAUACAAACCAGGUGGCUUCACAAAGUUGAUGGAGGCUCUUGAUUCUUUGGAGCUCGUGGUCAUAAAUGCAAACACGACCCGUUCUCUCGAUCUUGUCUCAAAUGUCUUCAUGGCCGAGAGAAAAGACGGUGAAAUGGUGCAGGUUGAUCAUGUGAAAGACUCGCAGCUACAAAUAACCUGAAAAUCCAUCUAGAAGAUGGCAUGAUGACGAUCAUCCAUCUAUAUGAUCAUCAAAUCAAUCAUGAUUACGAGCUCUCAUCAUUACCAUCACCAUCACUAUCACCGUCUUCACAUCCAGCAUUGCCACAACCAAAUCGCAUCUUUUCUUUAGCAAAAAGCUUCUUUUUACAUCUGUAAGGUAGGUACACUUUGAAAGAUUUUCUUCUUGAGAAAUAGAAAUAAAGGAACUGUAAGACCAAAUGACAGUGGCCAUUUCCAAUACCCAGAAUAAACCAAGAGGAACUGCUCUUAGAUUUCACAAGGAGAAAUAGAUUAGAAACCAAGAGAGAGAGAGAGAGAGAGAGAGAGAGAGAGAGAGAGAGAGAGAGAGAGAGAGAGAGAGAGAGAAUUUUUCGUUUUGGGCUUAUGGGCUUUAACCAGAAAUUUCAAACGGGCUUCAAAAUUGAUUUUUUUGGUUCGGCUUG